UCACAUGACAUAAAAUGGCAGACAGCGAAGAGAGCAGUCCACCCUCUUCACCCGAUAUUCAAGACGGUGACCCAGGGAAACCCCGUGAAGUUACAAUUACGAAAUCAGAGACAGGAUUUGGCUUUAAUGUCAGGGGCCAAGUUAGUGAGGGAGGUGUUCUGAAGUCGAUUAAUGGCGUGUUAUAUGCUCCUUUACAACAUGUCAGUGCUGUUUUGGAGGGGGGAGCAGCUCAGAGGGCCGGGAUACGGAAGGGAGACAGGAUACUAGAAGUAAAUCAUGUGAAUGUGGAGGGAGCCACACACAAACAGGUGGUGGAUCUAAUAAAGAGUGGAGGUGACUCGCUGGUUCUAACAGUGAUUUCGGUGCCAGAGCAGGUUGCAGAGAGGUUGGAGCCCAGUGAUGAUUCCUCAGGUCCAUCAUACAUUGACUAUUCGGAACGUCGCUCCCUCCCCAUCUCAAUCCCCGACUAUCAAACAGUGGAGCAGGGUGGAGAAAAGUUUGUGGUUUUUAAUAUAUACAUGGCUGGUAGACACUUAUGCUCAAGGAGAUACAGAGAAUUUGAUGGUCUACACUCCCGUUUAAAAAGAGAAUUUCCGGACUUCAAUUUUCCAAAGAUGCCAGGAAAGAAGUUAUUUACCCUAUCAGAACAGCAGUUGGAUGCUAGGAGGAGGGGGUUAGAACAAUAUUUAGAAAAAGUAUGUGCGGUGCGGGUGAUCGGAGAAUGUGACUACAUGCAGGAAUUCCUGGCCGCUCCCGAAGUCGAUCAAGGUUUUGAACAUUUACAGGAGAACAAUCACACAAGUUCGGAAGUAGAACUGAAGGUACUGCUUCCUGAUCGAAGUCUCUGUGUGGUCAAAAUCAACCGCAACGAUACAGCCGACGAGGUGUUCAAGGCUGUUGUGUCCAGAUUAAAUUUGUCUGAGGCUGCUGCUCAUUGCUUUUAUUUAUUUGAAACUGUGGAAUAUAAUUUUGACAGGAAGCUGCAGGGCUCAGAAUUCCCCCACAACAUUUACAUACAGAACUACAGUACCGCCACCUCCACCUGUAUCACGCUGCGCCGGUGGCUCUUUUCCCCCGCCCUGGAGACCAUGCUCAACUCAGAUCAGCAGGCCAUCAACUUUCUCUUCUGGGAGGCUAUUGAUGGCGUAAAUAAAGGACAAAUCAAAACAGAAGAUAAACUCUACGAACUGAAAGCCCUGCAAGAAUCCAACAAAAGCAUUGAGUACCUGAAGGUGGCUCGACAGUUGGAGGGUUACGGGGAGGUGGUGUUCCCCCACUGUGCCUGUGACUCCCGGAAAGAUGGUCAUGUGAUAACUGAGAUUGGAUUCGAGUGCUUUAAACUCCAUGCCUGCAAAAAUGAUGGAACUCCUGAGUCUCAAAUCAUCGAGUUUCAGUGGAAGGACGUGAAGUCUUACGAUGUAGAGGAGGAGGGAAUGUCCUUUUGUUUUGAGUAUGCCCGGGCUGGAAAGAAAUCCCGCAAUGUGCAAAUAUUGACUCCAUAUUAUGUGUACAUGAAGGAAUGCUUUGACCGAGUUUUUGAAGAGAAGGAACAAGAAUAUGCAUGAUGACUUUCAAAAUUACAGAAACUCCCUGAGGCCAAAAAACAGCUGAAAAAUUUAGUGUUCUUGAAUAUUGCAACAAAAAACAAAAGAGAUGUCCAGAUGUCAGAGCAAAAGUUGAAAGCGUGAAAGAUGCCAAGGAGAGAAGAGAUCCAUGAUUAGCGAAUACUUUGUUGUUGGAUGGUUUCCAUAGCAAUAGAUGUGUCAUGGGACAACUACUGUGUCAGGUCCCGCCUUGUAUUUAUUAAUAUUUUGAUUUCCUGUUGAUUUACAGAGGUUAAGGUGAUUCUUCAAAUUUGAUUUGACUUUGACAGAUGAAGAACACGAUUCUUCUUGGUCAAUAGAACAAUAAUUGUUCAGUGUGAAUGAUGAAUGCCAUGUACAUGUAUUUGCUUUUGACAACAAGGUGAAUGUCUAGAUCAUGUUAUAGAUUUAGUUUUAUUUGGAUGUGGAUUAUCUAGUCAGUUUAGGGUAUAAAAUCAUCCAUUGUUGCUAUUUGAUAAUAGCAAAUUGUUAGUAAUGCCACCAGAUGUUGAUGAGACAGGAUAUUCUCUGAACAGGUACACUAAGAUAUUGAUGUGGUACCAAACAUUUGUGUUAUUACAUAAUUUUUCUUUUAGACACAUGCACAUGUGUAAACAUGAACAAUAAGAACACACAAGCACUGCUAGGUUUGUGGUUGUUUAGUUUUACUGCACUGUGCACAUACAUCAUGUAACCUGUUCAAAUCCUCUAUCUCUCCUGUCAUGUUUCUACAUUAAAAUCUACUUUUAACCAGUUGCCCAAAUUAAAGUGUUGUCUGGUUCAAAAAGCACAUCUUAAGCCAGAAAAGAUGAACUUAAAAAUUAUCAGUUUUUGGCUAGAAUUUUAAACUACUAGAAACCUCCCCCCCCCACCCCCACACACACACAAACACACAUACGCUCUUCAAGAUAUGUUCAUGGUGGUUUAAAUGAGGGUUACUCUUAUGUGCAUUUUUCAGUAGAUUUAAUCUUGUGUUCUGGUGUCUACAAAUCAAAGCUCUUGGAACAUUUUAGAACUGCUCUUUUUACAUAUAAGUAAGGAGAUAUCUUGUAUUUUGAACAAAGAAAUUGCAUAAUGCAAAAGAGUAGAACUUGUGCAUGUAUUUAUAUUUUUGAUUUCAUGAAAUGGAUAUCUAUGUAUAUGUUUUGUGUGUAUGUACAUACAUAUAUCUGAUGAACGAAUAUAUUUACUAAUAUUAAUAAUUAAUGUUUUUGAGGCUAUAACAAUUUUAAGUCCUUUUGAAAAAAAAAUUAUAUUAGGAAUAGAUUUAUUUUUUGGGUAGAUUAAUUGAUAUUGGGGUGACGCACAUGUCCACCUUCUGUUUGAGAAAGAAUGAGUUUCUUUAUUUCAUCAAUUUUCAUGUGAAGGACUCAAGCUAUUGAUGUUAAAAACGUCAUUAAUGCAGGGUUUUUAAACUGUAAUAUAGAAUAAAAUCACUGGCAAUUGUUUUCGGAUUAUAGUUCAACUUGUUCAUGUUGACAUUUAUGUUAAGGUAUGUCAGAAAUUGACACUACCUGCAAAAAUAGAAUUUUAUACAUGUUUAUAUAUGGGAAUUAUCAUCAAUGACAUGCAUUUUUUAAUCCUUACUAAAUUUUUCAUGACCAUUUUUUAAGGAGGCUGGGUGGUCAAAUGAAUUAACCCUCAGAUCUUCCUUAAACUUUAAAAUGUACUAUUUCUGGCCAUAAACCAAUAUUUAGUGAAGAAAAAUUCCAUAAAGGUAUUUUAGCUUUAAAAUUUGAAAAUUUUCCUGUAUCUUUAUAUAGAGCUCUUUGUCAAAAGGAGGUAAAUAGAGUCCUAAAAUGGCCACGACCUUCAAGCCCUCUUAAAAAUAUCUGGAAAAUAAGAAAAUAGAAUUUGGUAAAGGGGAAACUUUUGUUUAGUCUCUUUUUCAAAGAUGUAAUUACCAGUAAUACUUGCAUUUAAAGGACAUUUGUAUUUAACGCGCUCUUAUUCCACCCACUUGCCCCAUACUCGGUAGAAUCACAUAUUUUUAUGCUUAGUUCAAGCUUGCCGCUCUUGUAUUUUUUAUGAAAGCAAAAUAUUGAUGAGAAUUAUACAGCUUUCAAUGGAAUACUGAAUAAAUCCUAUACAUUUGUAGUUACCCAGAUAUGAUAUACAUGUUAACCCGGAUGUAAUCUUAAUUGAAAUCACCCAGACAAACUAACAUCUUAUUGAAUUAUCUCCUCCAUGAAGCAGUCAUAGUGAUGAGUUAAAAUCCAGGAGUAUUAUUUGUGUUUGUCUCUUUAUUUACGUAUGAUUUACGUGUACAGUGUAUGAUUUACGUGUACAGUGUUGUACAAAAAUCAUGAAUUGUUGUGAAGCAUCAGACGUUUUACUUUCUAUUAUGAGCAGUUGACCUGUGUUCUUCACGGACUAGAAAAUUACCACUAUACUCCUAAACUCUGAAUUGUUUAUUGUUUAUGUUGAAUAAUAUAUAAAUAUAUAUCAUUAACUGUUUUCAGUGAAAUUAAAGUUAUGAUUAUGAAAUAAAACUUUUUUGUUUUG